ACAAGCUCAUUUGACAAUUCUCUGACUGUCGUGUGCACAUCAUCUGACAUUUCUUAAAGGCAGGCAGGGCAAUUUCAUGGCUUUUGGGAUCCGAUAAAAAUCCCCAACUGCCGUGACAUAUUACACGCCUUCUGUUUACGUUCCCGAUUAACAUGAUCGUACUACAACUUUGAUAACCUCAAAGAUCGUAUGCCGUGUGAACAGAAUGAAUCCAAAAGUUACGUCGUUGGCGCUGUCGAGCCGUGUUUUGGUGCUAGUUCUUCAGUUCGUAUCUAACUGGUUGAUGCCUGACCAUAAGCCGGACGUUUUCAAGUCACCGCGAAAUGUAAGCGCCGCAGAACCUCUGGACAGAGUCCCGAAAUUCCUUCUAGGCGGUCUCGUCAGGUGGGAUGCCGAGUACUUUCUGCAUGUAUCCGAGUUCGGCUACACCUACGAGAACACUCUGGCCUUCUACCCACUGUUUCCUGCUGUGGUGAAGCUGAUUACCGAAGGUGUCCUCUGGCUGCUGCCUUUCCUGUCGUUCCGUUAUGCGGCGCUGAUAGUAGCAACCGCCGUUAACAUUUACUUCUUCUAUCGGGCCGCGAACUGCCUCUACGACUUGACCCUCAGGGUGCUGGGAGACGCGGUGCUUGCGUGGAAUGCUGUCGUUCUGUUCUGCUUCAACCCCGCCUCAAUAUUCUUCUCAGCACCCUACUCGGAGUGCCUCUUCAGCUGGCUCUCCUUCAGCCUUAUGCUCGAGUGCGCGACCAAGAUGUCGGCGCUCAAAGUGAUCGCAACCCUGGCACUGAGUUUCCUGUGUCGGUCAAAUGGCCUUCUGAAUAUCGGCUUCCCAAUAUACUUCGUGUUUAGAACUGUUUUAUUGAAGAAGACUGUCUUUAACAUUUUCAAACUUGUGUUCAUGAUAGCUUUGGCCCUGGUGCCGCUGGCCCUCUAUCACAUGUACAUUUACGAGCUGUUCUGCCUGCAGCGACCAACCAACCAUUCCACCAACAUCGUCGACUACGCCGUCAAAAAACAGUUGGUCUUGGCCGGGCCAAGAUCCAACGGCAACUCGCCCUGGUGCGACUCGGCGCUGCCCUACUCGUAUUCGUACGUGCAGCAAACCUACUGGGACGUGGGCCUGUUCAACUACUACAAGCUGAAGCAAAUUCCAAAUUUCGCCUUAGCCGCUCCCAUUUUAGUUCUAAUUUCGACCAAGUCGAUAAGUUUCUUAGCACAAAUAGCCAAAGAACUGCCGUACCGGGGGUUCGCGGAGGUAGUUCGAACCACCAGAUCCAUUCCGUUUGUGAUGCAUGGCCUAGCCCUGACUGUCUUCUGCACACUCUUCGUUCAUAUCCAGGUGUCAACCCGGCUCCUGGCCUCCUCGACGCCAAUUCUUUACUGGUUUGCGGCCGAGUAUCUACCAAAAAGUUUCGAGGGCCUGAGUUUCUCCCUACCCCAUCCCAAGUCGAUGAGAGCUUUAAUAAUUUAUUGGUUCGGUGGAUAUUUCGCGAUCGGAACGUUUUUGUUUAGCAACUUUUAUCCAUGGACUUGAAAGGAUCAAUGAGGCACGUCCACUCGGGGGCCGUGGAUCGAUGAUUACCUUGCGGUGAAAGUAAGACUGUUUAUAUGAUGUGCAUGUUGAGAACCAAGUGUAAAAAGACAUUUUUUGUAAUAAAUUUAUUUAUACUUUAA